AUGCAAAACGAUGAUGAUGACAACCAUCAAAAGCUAAUGAUGGAAAUAAACAUGGAUGCCAAAGAAUCACUUUUUCUGGAAUACUUGGAGUACACCAACAAUUAUAUAAAUGCUAUCCAUUCUGCCCCUUCCCUUAAUAUUCAAAGAGGUAUUGCAGUAUUCCCAUUUAUUUAUCCCGAAAGAUCAAAUGCCCAGACCAAAUGCCAACUAUCCAAGGCCGAUUAUUAG